ACCGGUUCUGUAAUUAUUGGUGAAACCAAUUUGCCUCGGUUUACUAAGAAUCCCUAAAUCGCUUCUUCUCUCUCAAACUCAAUCGAUCAUCGUGUAACUCUCUGAAUGCGUUCAAAUUUGCUCUGUUUAAGGAAAGUUCUUCGUUUGUGGUACUGGAAGUGACAGUAAUGGCGCUCUGUAACUUCAAUCCAACUCUCGGAGGCUUCACGUUUCAAGGAUUAUCAAAACCUCAAGAAUUUGGAUGCUUUUCGUUGCUUGAAUUUCCAAGUUGUGGAAGUUACUCCAAGUUGAAGACGAAAAGGUUUGGUUUUUGCAUCAGGUCAAAGUUCUCAGAGAAGCAAGCCGGGAAAUUGGAUGUAGCCACUGUGAACAGCAAUGAAAUAAAGAAAGUGGGGAAGAAAGAGCAUCACUUAUGGAAGAAGAAUGACUCUGCUGGGUCUGGACAGAAAGCACUUAAUUUAGUCCGAAUGCUCUCUGGACUCCCAAAUGAAAAAGAGGCUGUUUAUGGAGCUUUAAACAAAUGGGUAGCUUGGGAGGUUGAAUUUCCUAUUAUUGCUGCUGCUAAGGCUUUGCAAAUCUUAAGGAAGAGAAGCCAGUGGCAUCGUGUGAUUCAAUUGGCUAAGUGGAUGUUAAGCAAAGGGCAAGGUGCUACAAUGGGAACAUAUGAUACCCUCUUAUUGGCAUUUGAUAUGGACCAAAGAGCUGACGAGGCAGAAUCGUUAUGGAACAUGAUUCUGCACACACAUACACGAUCCAUCCCAAGACGCUUGUUCGCUAGGAUGAUAGCUUUGUAUGCUCACUAUGACCUUCACGAUAAGGUUAUCGAGGUGUUUGCAGACAUGGAGGAGCUGAAGGUGAGGCCAGACGAAGAUACUGCGAGGAGAGUGGCUCGAGCCUUCAGGGAACUCGGCCAAGAAGAAAAUAGGAAACUGAUCCUUAGGAGGUACCUCUCUGAAUUCAAAUACAUCUACUUCAAUGGUGAAAGGGUUAGAGUCAAAAGAUAUUCCUCUGAAGAUAGGUGAUUUCAUUUUCAUUAACACACACCUACACACAUGUAUAUGUAGAAGUUACCCCCAAGUUUUUUCUUUUGAUUGUAAUCUUUAAACUGUAAAUUCAUCAAGAAGAUGGUAAAAAGAAUCUCCCAUUAGUAAAACCGAUGAAUUGUCAGUGUUCAAUGACACUCAUGCUUUAUAGCGUUCAUAAUUC